ACAAAUAAUCUCUAUCAUCAUCGUCAUCUACUUUCUCUCUCUAGAAAAAAAAGCAAACAUCUUCUACAAUUACAAAACAUCUUCCCCUUUGUUUGGUUUUGUGCUGCUGACGUAAUCUAAUCAACUCAUCUUUGAAUAUUAAACUUGAAGAAUCUUAUCAUUAUCAAAGUCUGCUUUUACUCAAGUGGGGGAAAGCUUUCAUGGGUGAUGGUCCCAGAGGAAUAAAAGUUUUCCAAGAUCAUUUCCAAGCUUCGACUUCUGGUGCAGAGACUCCUCAAACAGGAGCAUCAAAUUUGCAUACUAAAAUUGAAUUUGAGCGUCACUCAAGCAGCCAUUUGUGGACUACCAGAAGAUUAAGAAGCGUUACAUUCAUGUUGAACUUAUUUAAUCUGAAAAGGCUACCUUGGGGAACAGACACUAAUGGGAAACAAAAGCUUGUAUUAUCUGCUACAGAAGUAGAAUCACUUCGGUCUGAACUUGCUGAUUUGGAGGAACGUGAAGCUCAAUUGAAAGCUCAGUUGGAACAUAUUGAUGAAACUCUACGUGCUGCACGUCUUUCGGGCUAUUUACAGAUGCGAACUAGAUGGACAGCGUUACCUGGAGAACCAGCUCCGCUUGACGAUACAGAAGUUGAUGACUGGCUUCCACGCUUUGUUGUUCUCCAAGGACCAUGCAUAUUUUUGUAUUUUAAGUCAACGGAUAUAAGUCCGCAAGACUCCACCCUUUUGUCUGAUGUUGUUGAAGUAGGGCGUAUGCCAUGUGUUAUUCAAGAAGAGGGGGAAAAUCGACAUUACUUUUACAUAGUAACUCGCCAAGGAUUGAGAUAUGAAUGCUCAAGUGCUUCAAAAUUGCAGGUGGAUGCUUGGGUGACGACGUUGCAAGAAGUCUGCAAACUGAGAUCAGAUUCACCCACUACCCCCGAUCGUUCACCUGAUACAUGACAUUGCUUCGUGGUUUAGUAAGGUUAUGUUGUACAUGGUUCCUAGUUGUUGGAUUGGGCUAAUGGGCCAUUGACAGUGGCGCAUCAUGCCUAGUUAUUUGUACAUAGACAGUGCACUCUUUUUCACUCUUAUGAGCUUUUUUCUUGCAAAAUCUUUCAUUUUUGCUUCUGGAAGUAACAAAAACUGAACGGAUUAUAGUGAAUUUCCAAGGCCAGUUAGAGGUAAA